UUGAUCUGAAUUCUAAAGGGCGUUGUUCAGAGCCCCACAAAGGUCCCAUUGUGCAGACACUGGGUAUAAAGCAGCAUAUGACUCCCCAGCACCGGGCGGCGAUGAAUUGGAACGCAGGCGCGGAUGCAGGGACCACUCCCGCUGCACAGACAUGAGACCAUAGGGGACCUGUCUGGGUGGCCUCAGGGAUAGGCGCUCCCCAAGGUGUGAAUGAGGCAGGAUGAACUGGACCGGUUUGUACACAUUGCUCAGUGGCGUGAACCGGCAUUCUACUGCCAUUGGUCGCGUAUGGCUGUCGGUCAUCUUCAUCUUCAGGAUCAUGGUGCUGGUGGUGGCCGCCGAGAGCGUGUGGGGUGACGAGAAGUCCUCCUUCAUCUGCAACACCCUGCAGCCCGGCUGCAACAGCGUCUGCUACGACCACUUCUUCCCCAUUUCCCACGUGCGCCUGUGGUCCCUGCAGCUGAUCUUGGUGUCCACCCCAGCUCUCCUCGUGGCGAUGCACGUAGCUCACCAGCAGCACAUAGAAAAGAAGAUGCUGCGACUUGAGGGUCACGCGGACCCCCUGCACCUGGAGGAGGUCAAGAGGCACAAGGUCCACAUCUCAGGGACGCUGUGGUGGACCUAUGUCAUCAGCGUGGUCUUCCGGCUGCUGUUUGAGGCCGCCUUCAUGUAUGUCUUCUACCUGCUCUACCCCGGCUAUGCCAUGGUGCGGCUGGUCAAGUGUGAGGCCUACCCCUGCCCCAACACGGUGGACUGCUUCGUGUCCCGGCCCACCGAGAAAACCGUCUUCACGGUCUUCAUGCUGGCCGCCUCGGGCAUCUGCAUCAUCCUCAACGUGGCCGAGGUGGUGUACCUCAUCAUCCGGGCCUGUGCCCGCCGAGCCCAGCGCCGCUCCAAUCCGCCCUCUCGCAAGGGCUCGGGCUUCGGCCACCGCCUCUCACCUGAGUACAAGCAGAAUGAGAUCAACAAGCUGCUGAGCGAGCAGGAUGGCUCCCUGAAAGACAUACUGCGCCGCAGCCCGGGCAGUGGGGCUGGGCUGGCUGAGAAGAGCGACCGCUGCUCUGCCUGCUGAUGCCGCACACAAGGCAACCUCCCCUCCUGCACCCCUCCCCCUGUCCCCCAUCCCCCUGCCCCUGGCCCUGCCCUCCUUCUCCCCUGCAGGGUGCAGGCCUCUGCCUGCUAGGGACUGCAGACCAAGAUCAAUGGAAAUCUCCCUUUUUUCCCUGGUUUCCCUUCCUCCCCCCCCACCCCCACCCCUGCCUUCUGUCUUGGGGGGCCAGAGGGGUGGGGAGCCCAAGGCUGGCCAGGCCAGUGCUCAAGGGUGGGGUGAGGGGGCAGGGGGCGGCUCUUCUUGUCUGUACUCCCUUUCUGCUUCCCUCUCCCUCUUCCUGGGGCCACUGGGGGACAAGAGAUAUGAUGCUCUGACAGCAUCUCCAAUUAUGAAACUAAUCUUAACCCCGUGUUGUCAGAUACCCUAUUUCUGGAGUCACAUCAGCAGGGAGGGACGUGGGCAAGUAGAAUGGAAGGAGGGUUCUCUGGACAUGUGGGUGGAGAAGGGAGGGUAGUCAAGGCGAGAAAAGGAGGAACAGCACUUUGCUGGCCACAAGGAGGAGGAGGACAUGUCUUGGAUGGAGGAAUUAGGGAGGGAGGAGCAGGCAGAUAAAUUGGAGUGGGGGUUGGUUAGGACCGCCUUUGCCUCUCGUUCCCAAGGCCUCUCUGUGCCUGAAAUGUUACACAUUAAACAGGAUUUUACAGUAAACGAA